UUCGGAACCCGGCCUGCGGUCUGUAAGCUGUCGCAUGUUCCUGCGCUGCCCUGCUCUCUUCUGCCCAGAUCUCCUGCAAACAUGGCCUCUGCAGCCGCCGCCCCAACAGUGAAAAUUGGGAUUAUUGGUGGAACUGGCCUGGAUGAUCCUGAAAUUUUAGAAGGAAGAACAGAAAAAUAUGUUGAUACACCAUACGGCAAGCCAUCAGAUGCCUUGAUAUUGGGAAAGAUAAAAAAUGUUGACUGUGUCCUCCUUGCAAGACAUGGAAGGCAGCAUACCAUCAUGCCUUCAAACAUCAACUUCCAAGCAAACAUUUGGGCCUUAAAGGAGGAAGGCUGCACUCACAUUAUAGUGACUACUGCUUGUGGCUCUUUAAGGGAAGAAAUUCAACCUGGAGACAUCGUCAUAAUUGACCAGUUUAUUGACAGGACAACCAAAAGACCUCAGACCUUUUAUGAUGGAAGUCAUGCCUGCUCCGGAGGAGUAUGUCACAUUCCAAUGGCUGAGCCAUUUUGCUCUAAAACCAGAGAGGUUCUCUUAGAGACUGCUAAGAAACUUGGGCUAAAGUGCCACUCCAAGGGAACGAUGGUAACAGUGGAGGGACCCCGUUUUAGUUCUCGAGCAGAAAGCCUAAUGUUCCGUAUUUGGGGAGGAGAUCUUAUCAACAUGACCACAGUUCCAGAGGUGGUGCUUGCCAGAGAAGCUGGAAUUUGCUAUGCAAGCAUUGCCAUGGCAACGGAUUAUGACUGCUGGAAAGAGCAUGAGGAGGCGGUUUCAGUAGAUAAUGUCAUGAAGACUCUGAAAGAAAAUUCAAAUAAGGCCACCAGUUUGCUUCUUACUGCAAUACCACAGAUUGGCUCUAUGGAAUGGACAGAGACCCUGCGUAGCAUGAAGCAUACGGUCCAGUUUUCCAUUAUGUUACCAAGACACUGAAAUGGUUUGGAUACCCAGAGGAGCAGAAGUUACCCCCUCUCCAGUAAUUUCCAGGAUGUAUAAUUACCACAAAUAACAAGUGAAUCACUUGCCCCAUACCACUUGUGAAAUACUUGUGGUGAUAAAAGAUUGUAUUUGCUCAAGACUAGAUUUUGGUAGCUUCAGAAGUAAGUGGACCUCCAGAUUUCUAGGGUACUUGAAAACAGGCUAUCAUAUCCCAGUAUCUCUGAUGUUUAUAAGUUUGAAGAAAGAAAACACCAUAUUAAAGAGAGUCAUUUCUCUCCACAGUAAAUGCUGACAGUAUAUUUAUGCUCUAAAAUAUAAGGUAGUUUGUUUAGUCUUUUCUUUUAGAAAAGUACUUGACAUCCAUCUUUCCAAGAAACGUUAUAUUUGUCUAGAAAUGAAGACAUAAUUCAGAUAUAUAUACAUUUUAGUAUUGUAGGCAUUUUAUUGGUGAUACUUUAUCUAUUUUUUUAAAUUGUUGCUGCUUUUAUGGACCUGCGAAUUCCUUUGUAUAUGGUUUAUUGAUUUGAACGUUUUGAUUUUUUAAUAAAAUCAUUUUCUUGCCU